AUGUCUGCUGGUUUGGAGAGCACAGAUCACGAAUCGGUGUACUCGCGAUCGCUACGAAUUUUUUUUGAGUUUGGAUAUCGUAAUUUGAUGAUGUUCUUAUUAUUAUAUAUAAGUAUUUUGUUAUUUACAUGCAAUGCGGCAAAUCCUCGGUGUAAAGAUGAAAAUAAUCAAGUUGUCGAUUGGUAUGUGCUUUACAAAUUGCCGAAGGUAUCAGAAAGCAGCAAUCCUAUGAUUAGAAAUGGAACAGCGUAUUUAUAUAUGACCAAUAAUACUGUUGCUAAAGGUUGGCAGUUAUCCACGAAAAAAAUCAGCGCAAAAAAUUCUAUACCAGGAAAUACUUUAGCACCUUUAUACAAUGACGUAAUAGCAUCGAAGACUUUCUGGGUCUUAUACAAUGAUGAUCCACCUAACAGAUCUACCCAUGCCAAAUAUGGUCAUACAAAAGGCACUAUGAUGGCACACAAACAAGAGGGUUUCUGGUUAAUACAUAGCGUUCCGAAUUAUCCACCCGUACCCAACAGCGGCAACGAUACAAAACGAAUACCAGUGAAUGAGACUUCGACUUUGGGAAACCGAUCCGAAUAUGAUUAUCCGACAUCCGGAAUGCAGUAUGGACAGAGCUUUUUGUGCAUCUCCGUGGACGAUGAUCAAUUUGAUCUUAUCGGUCGACAAUUGAUGUAUAAUCAAAUAAUAGCAUAUAGGAGAAACAUCCCCGCUACAUUCGCCAUGAUGUUUCCGGUGCUUACGGACGCGGCUAAUCAGAAGCGUAUUAAACAAGCACCUUUCAUCAGCAAAACCUUGUUAAAAUCAUCUGGUGGUGUUGAAUUCAUAUCAUUUGCUAAGAGUGAUAAGUGGCAAAAAGAUUUGUAUGAAGAUUUCGUUGCACCGACGUUAAAAACAGAUUUAUUUGCCGAAACAUGGUUAAACGGACGAGGCAGACUGCCAUCGGACUGCGAACGAGUAAAAGUAUACAAUAUUAUAACCAUUAAUUUGGCAUCAGUUAAUAUCGAUUUUAAAAGUAGUCGCGAUCAUUCCAAGUGGGCGGUGGCUGUUGAAGGUAAAGCUAAUCGAACUUGGACUUGCAUAGGUGAUAUUAAUCGAGCAGAUACUCAAUACAUACGAGGCGGUGGAACUGUCUGUUUUAACAAUCGAAACGUCUGGAAUAAUUAUCGAAAAGCGGUGAAUGAUGUGGAACCAUGUCCUAAGCAAUAUAAGACAAUUUUAAUUUAACGAAUUUUAAUUUGGACCAAAGAAUAAUAGAUUCUAGAAGAUCUAAUAAUUUUAUUCUCACUGCAUAUACUGCAUUGGAUGCAUUCAGAAUGGCAAUCGUUUACUAAGCGCUCAGUGAACAGUUGUCAUUCUGAAUGCAUACAUUGUAAUUGAAUAAUUGAAAUAUAUAUUAUAAUAAUGAGUUAAUAAAAUAGGUUUGUUCGCGUUGCAUGUUCCAGCAUGCUCCAAUAUGCUCUUGCUAUAGCUUCUACUUACUUCAAUGAGCGCGUUAGAGUGAGUAAAUGGUAU